AUCACUCUCUUCAUACUUCUCCUACUAUGAUGGCCACUGCUCUCGCCGCUGCUCUUCCGGCACCUGUCAAUGGGCCAGCUAUCUCGGAAGACGACGACCUUGACUUCGAGCAGCCUCAGGCCUCAGCAUCGACACAAGCUGUCUCAAUACGCACCGUCGUUCCACCCUAUGGUCAGAGAAAAGGGUGGAAGCCAAAAUCACAGGAAGAUUAUGGCGACGGUGGGGCGUAUCCCGAGUGCCAUGUCGCACAGUAUCCUCUCGAGAUGGGCCGCAAGAAGGCCUCAUCCGGAAACACUCUCGCUCUGCAAGUCGACAGCGAAGGGAAUGUUCGCUACGACGCCAUCGCUCACCAAGGUCAACGCCAAGGCAAAUAUGUCCAAUCCCAAUUCAAGGACCUCGUCCCCCUUUCCCACCGCAAAGACCUCUCCGAAGAGUCCCGUGCCAUGGAGCGCCCAUCCGAAGAGGACGUUCAAUCCACAACCGAAAAGACUCGUCUCGCGCUCGAAAAACUCGUCAAUGGCAAGAUCAAAGCCGCCCAGCCCAAGAACGUUCCCGAUAGCCAGGGCAAGUCUCAAUUCAUUCGUUACACGCCUGGACAGCAGGGCAAUGGCGCGGAUGGGUUGAAGCAAAGGAUUAUCAAGAUGACGGAUGUGGUAGAGGAUCCGUUAGAGCCGCCAAGGUUUAAGCAUAAGAAGAUUCCGAGGGGCCCACCAAGUCCGCCACCGCCGGUGUUGAGGAGUCCGCCGAGGAAAGCGACGGCGCAGGAGCAGAAGGAGUGGAUGAUUCCGCCUUGUAUCUCGAACUGGAAGAACAACAAGGGUUUCACCAUCCCGCUCGACAAGCGGUUGGCUGCUGAUGGUCGUGGCUUGCAAGAUGUGCACAUCAACGACAACUUUGCCAAAUUCUCAGAAGCUCUCUUCGUCGCAGACCGUCAUGCUCGCGAGGAAGUCCGCCAACGUGCGCUCAUGCAGCAGAAACUUGCCGAGAAGGAAAAGGCCUCUCGCGAAGAAUCACUCCGUCAAAUGGCCCAACGCGCUCGAGAGGAACGCUCCGGCAUCGCUCCCUCUCGUCCCACAGCCGAAUCACAGGCCGCCAUGAAGUCUUCAUUAGCUGCCUACGGGAGCGACAGCGGGUCCGACUCCGAACCCUCGGACGAGGAGAAGGACGAAGCGGAGGACGAAGAUGCUGCGAAGGUGCGAGACGAGAUGCGUGCCGAGAAGAGGAGGGAACGCGAGCGAGAGAUGAGGAUGAACAAUAUGGGUACGGAGCAACGUGCGAAGAUGUUGGCGAGACAACAGAACCGCGAUAUCUCAGAGAAGAUUGCACUCGGCCUCGCCAAGCCCACGAUGUCGAAGGAGUCAAUGCUCGAUUCGAGGUUAUUCAACCAGGAAUCUCUGUCGAAUUCCUUCGGAGACGACGAGAACUACGGGUUGUAUGAUAAGCCUUUGUUCCACGGUUCGAGCGCAAGCGCGGCAAUUUACAAGGCACGUGGGAAUAUUGAAGAGGGCAACGAGGAGUCUUAUGGUGGUGGGACUGAGGAGGGUAUUGGGAAGGCUUUACAGAGCGAUAGAUUCGGCCUUGGUGAGGCCAGAGUUGGGUUCGAGGGUGCGAAAGAUCAGGAGAUCAGGGAGGGCCCGGUACAGUUCGAGAAGGACACGUCCGACGUAUUUGGUGUGGACAAGUUCUUGGAUGAGGCGAAGAGUGGGAGGAAGAGAGGAUUGGAUUCGGAAGCGUCUGGAGCACGGAAACGACACCAGCUUGAGAAGGCUUCAGAGCGGGAGUGAUGGCCUUGAGCUGUUGUUUUCUGGCCCUCCCCUCUUUCUCUUUCUUGUGUACAUACAUGUUUUGUUCAACUCUUGUGGCCCACGUUUCCAUGACCACAUCUUCUGUCCUGCUCCUGGUAUGAUUAUUGUACGAUUUUCCCAUUUCCCCGACAGCUUUCCCGCGCCCUCUAUCUUACUCACCGCAUGUGACAAAAUUAGAAAAGAAACAC